AUGCGUGCAGUGUUUUUAUUUUGUGUUUUUGUGUACGUCGUGGUGGGACAAGACAUCAAUGAUAUGGUCAAUAUGCCGAAAUAUGAUCAGAGAUACGAUUAUUUGGAUGUCGAUGCCAUUUUUAGUAAUAAAAGACUAGUCAGAAAUUAUGUGGAUUGUUUAAUAAGCGCGCAGCGUUGCACGCCUGAAGGAAAAGUGUUGAAAAGAAUACUUCCAGAAGCGCUAAGAACGAAAUGCAUCCGCUGCACAGAACGACAGAAGAAAACAGCUGUUAAGAUUGUCAAACGGUUGAAAUACGGUUAUCCUGACGAGUGGGCCAAGCUGUCAUCUCGAUGGGAUCCUACUGGAGACUUCACGAGGUAUUUCGAAGAGUUCUUGGCCAAAGAGGAUUUCAAUUACAUCCAUGGUUCAGGUGUAUCGAUCAGCACAACCACAUCAGCGCCGCCGCCGCCGCCGCCUCCCCCAUCACUGCCUACUGCGCCCCCAACAGACAACAACGUCGCUGCAUCUACACCACCGAGACCUAUUGUACUAAAUAGAUUCGGAGAGGACGGUGAGCUGAUGACGGGUAGUGACUCAACUGGUAUCAAGCUAAGGCCUAUGACGCAAGCCACGACCAAGCCCACCACCACCAGGCCCGCCACAACUAUGACAAAUCCAACCACAACCCGACCAAAAACUUCAAGACCAACAGUGGUAACAUGGGCAGGAUCAGGAUACAACACACAGACAACACGUUUUCCACUGCGGCCUGUUUCUGAUCUUCCUCAGCCCUACUCGACAGCAAUCACAAUCAUCGACCAGAUUGGAUUCAAAAUCAUCAGAACUACGGAACUCUUCACUGAUAUACUGAAGAAUACAGUACGGGCAGUCGUCGGGCGGUAA